AUGGCAGUUAAACGAAGAAUUUCUGAAUUCCGUUGUCUUGCGGUUGAGGAACGAACUCGUCGAAGAUCGGAGCUCUAUCAACGUCCUCCUCGCUCGCUCUUGCUCGCUCUCGCUCGCUUUCUCGGACCAACGGACCCACUUUUCCUUCUCGGAGACCAGUCCACUCUAGACCCAUCCGGUCCCUCGAGUAUCUAUCUGUAUACGACUAUGAGCGAUUCAUUCAAUAAUCACCAUCGAUAUCCAUCGUACCACUAUCCAUACGAAGAGACACCUUCGCCAUCUAAGGUUAACACCCAUCACUAUUGUCACUCAUCGUCCUACCAUCCCUCUGCGCCGCGGCAUCCCGCUCCGCCCCAAGACGACCAACAAUACCGAUAUGGUUCAUCGUACUACUACCCUCGUGGUGCAGAAUUAUCUACUCCAUCGCAAUUGAACGAUAGGUACCAUCAGCGAUGGUAUUAUUAUCCUCCAGAUGAGGAGUUCGCAUCAGGCGAUCAUCAGUUUCAGGAUGUUUUCACGCCUUUUGCUGCUUCGAAAUAUUGUGAAGCAGUGGAAGAAGAGGGACUCGAAACUUAUGCACCUCUACCGAUCCAGCCGUCCUUGACGCAAUCAAAUAUCAGAGAAAAUACUCUUCCCUCUUCAUUGACAGAACGUGCGUCGCCAACGUAUUCUUCACCGUCAAGGGUGACUAAUGUGGCCGUCUCUUCAUCCUCUGAAGUUCCGCCACUCGAGCUGGAAAAAAUUUGGGCUUGCGAAUCCGGGGACACGUUUGCCUGUCCCUUUGACUACUACGAACGUGUCCUCGAACACGCCAAGACGUGUGGCUUUACCAUUGCUCGCUCGUUUGAACGCUAUUGGGAAGAAGAUCAGGAAAAGUUUGGAGUUGUGGUAAAAAAGGGUUAUAUUUACUGCAACGUACUCAAAUGUCAGCGUGGUCGUCGGGGGUGCUGUUUUGGAAUUCGCUUUGUUCAUGUACAGAAACAAGGUGUUUACAAGAUAAAUAAAUGCAACGGGACACAUUUGCACGAUCUGUGUGUCGGGCCGCACAACAACGGUAGGCGCCGGGCACCGGUGGUGACUCCAAAAGCCUCGAAGCGAUUGAAGGCGAGCCUCCGGGCGGAUGGAAGGGCUGGUACUUCUACAUCCAUGUAUGCUUCGGCAAUGAGGAAUGACGAAGAAGCAUUUCACUCGGAAAUGUCGAGUGCUGUUCCCGAUAAGAACCCAUCCUGCAUACCUGGACCAUGCAUAGUUGGACGCAGCAGUUUCUAUGCUUGAUCAAUGCUGCUGCUCUACCAGUUUGUUAAUGCUAUGGGCUGUAGCGCACUUCAUUGAAAAUAACAACCGGUGCUUCCUACAUGUUAGCUGGGGCUAGCGGGCGCUGAGGAAAGCACACUUUUAAGCUGUGCUGCGAUGAUAGCGAAUACACUAUGCAAUAUAAAUUUAAAUAUACCGGUUUCUUUUG